GAGAGAAGAGAGAGAGAGAGAGAAGAGAGUGGGGGGUAUAGCGCCGUUUGGGCUCACAUCCACACAGAGAGGAUUGAGGAGUGCAGAGAGAGGCAGAAGCACGUUGUCUAUCAGGAGACUGGCCAUCAGUGACAGCCAAACAGCAGAGCAGAGACUGGUGAUAUCGACCCGGUCCUGAUCCAGAAGUACAACACUCCAGGCUUCGUGGGCUGUCUGUCGCGAGUGCAGUUCAACGGCGUGGCUCCGCUGAAGGCAGCGCUGAGGUCUCGCACUCCUGCGUCCGCCGUCUCCCACUCGGGCAAGCUCGUCGAGUCCAACUGCGGCGCGUCUCCGCUCACCAUCCCGCCGAUGUCCGCCGCAACCGACCCCUGGCACGUGGACGGAGGUCCUGGCUUCCCGUUUAACGAGGAGAGAGUCAUCCCAGAUGCAGUCAACAGAAACUCCGCAAUAAUCGGAGGUAUCAUCGCCGUGGUGAUAUUCACCGUCCUCUGCACGCUGGUGUUCCUGAUUCGCUACAUGUUCCGCCACAAGGGGACCUACCACACCAAUGAGGCGAAGGGGGCGGAGUCGUCCGAGUCUGCGGACGCCGCCAUCAUCGGAACCGAGCCUCCGUUUACAGAGACCAUCGAGGAGAGCAAGAAGGAGUGGUUCAUCUGAGAGAGCGCCUCCUACAGGCCUGCCUGCGCAUAGCACCGCACAGCGCCACUGGUCCCGCAUCGCUCUGAGUGUCCA